AUGGAUACCACAUUAGAUAGAUUCAUCUCGGACUCUGAUAUUCACAUAUCGGGUACACAAUCCGCCAUUACACCACCCAAUUUCAUAUCUAUGCGAAAUAAACGGAAAAGAGAAGAAGAUAUCUCCCAAGAGUUUAACAAUUUUAAGGAGGAAGUGAGGAAAAUGAUUUCAACUUUAAUGUCAAAUCAAGAAAGUGAGUUUAAGAAAAAUGCAACUACCCUCAAAGAAAUUUUACGAACUAAUACUAACAUUGAGAACUCGGUGGCAUUUCUUUCUGCACAGAACGAAGAGUAUAGGAAAAAGAUAGAAGGCUUAGAAGGACAAAUAAAGGAGGACAAGAAGUAUAUUACUAUUCUAGAGGAUAAAAUAGAAGAAGUGCAGAGAGAUACCCGCAAAACAAACUUUGAGAUGAAAAACGUACCUAAGAAAAACAAUGAAACUAAAGAGGACUUAAUGGAUAUGAUAUUAAGCCUGUCUAACAACAUUGACUGUAAAAUCAAUAAAUCUGAUAUAAGAGAUAUAUACAGAAUUCGUUCAAAAAAAGAGGGUGUCCAAAAUACACCAAUUAUUGUAGAAACGUCUUCUACUAUAUUAAAAACUGAGAUUCUUAAGAUGAACCAGUCUAUGGCUCCAUUAUCACAGCAAUGUGAUAUUGAGGAGCUUAACCAAAUAAAGACUAUUAAAAAAAAUGAUCUAAAAGUAGUUUCACAGAAUAUACGCAGUAUUUAUUCAAAUCUGGAUGAUCUUCAAAUUUCAUUAUCUCAACUAAAGUUUCAUAUAGAUGUUUUAGUCCUGACAGAAUGUCGACUAAAUCCUCUAAAAAUCAUUCCAUCCCUCAAUAAUUACAACUCAUUCAACACUAAACACCACCUUAAUCAAAACGAUGGUGUAGUUAUCUAUGUUAGAAAUACUCUUUUGGCUAGUGCUAAGGAGGUAAUAUUAGAACAUGCAUCGUGUUUGCAAUUAGAAAUUAACGAUUAUAUUAUUUUAGGAAUCUACCGGUCUCCAUCAAAUACCAAUGCAAAUAACUAUAUAAACUCGCUUAGUGGAUAUCUUGAUUCUAUCAAAUCACAUAAAAAUAUUAUAAUUACGGGAGAUAUAAAUAUAAACCUUAUACCUAAAGAUAACGAAUCUAAUAAUGAAUCCAAUAAUAGGGUCAACUACCUAAACAUGCUCUCUAUGUAUGGCCUACUCCCAGGUCAUUCCCUUCCAACUCGAGGUAGUAACUGCCUUGAUCAUUUCAUAUUAAAAUUAGAGAAAAAGAACGUAUCUCCUUUCAUAUCAGUUCUCAACACUUCGAUUACCGAUCACUACAUGAUAUUUUUAUGCAUAGCUAAAUUGCAUAGUAACCACAAGUGCCCAAAAACCAAGCUCUUCGUAGACUAUGACAAAGCUAUAAGAAUACUUAUGGAACAAAAUUUGGAUACAUUGCUUUACUCUGAAGAUCCUAAGUUGGUAGUUAAAGAACUUGUAAAGAAAUUGACUGACUCACUGAAAGAGAGCUCGAUUGUUAUGUACCUCCCUAAAAAUAAACGCAAUAUCAAACCUUGGAUGACAUCUGGCCUCCUACGAUGUAUAAGAAACAGGAAUAAUAUGCAAAAUAGGCUAAGGGCCGAUCCUGAUAAUGAAAUAUUAAAAAUCAGCUUUAAGCGGUAUCGUAACUACUGUAACAGCCUGAUUAAAAAGAUAAAACGGAAUUAUGAUAGACAACAAUUAGCUCUUUCUGUAAAUAAUAGCAAAGUACUUUGGAGUAAAAUUAAAUCUAUAGCUAAUUUAAAUAAAACUAGAACUCAAAGUUUGAAUCUUUUAAAUAUAAAUCCCUCUCCAGUUUACUCUGUUAAUUAUGUAAGUGGCUACUUUGCUAGUGUUGGAAGGAAACUAGCAGAGGAUAUUAUGUUGAAUGCCCCCAAAACUGAAGAUCCCUUACUAUUUGUUGAUAGUCAAUUAUCUUCAUUUGUUCUCCUGGAUACUGAUCUAUAUGAAACUGAAAAUGUUAUUUUGAAUCUUAAAUCUGACAGUGCGCCAGGCUGGGACAAUAUUCCAACCAAAUUUCUUAAAUUAGCCAUACACAUAGUCGCACCAAUAAUUUGUCAUCUAGCUAAUCUCUGUUUCAAAGUAGGAGUUUUUCCUUUUAUACUGAAACAGUCUAUCGUUACACCUGUGUUCAAAAGUGGAAAUAGUGAAGAUAUUAAUAACUACAGACCGAUUUCUGUUUUACCAUCCAUUGCGAAAGUAUUGGAAAAAUUAAUAAAUUCUAGAUUGACAUUAAAAAGGCGUUUGAUACCGUCUCCGUACCUCUGCUUAUACAAAAACUUGAAAGAAUUGGAAUUAGAGGCACAGCACUGCUGUUACUCAAAGAUUAUCUACACGAUAGAACUCAGCGUGUCAAAAUUGGAGAUUACAUUAGUGAGGACUCUAAACUAA